CCGGAAAGGGAAAGAGCAGCCAAUAUGGCGGCAGAGCGCGGCGCGGGGCAGCAACAGUCGCAGGAGAUGAUGGAGGUUGACAGGCGGGUUGAAUCUGAAGAAUCAGGUGAUGAGGAAGGGAAGAAGCAUGGUGGCGGCGGCAUCGUGGCAAACCUCAGCGAGCAGAGCCUGAAGGAUGGAGUAGAUCGGGGUGCAGAAGACCCAGAAGAGGAACAUGAGCUGGCAGUAGAUAUGGAAACCAUCAACCUGGACCGAGAUGCAGAGGAUGUUGAUCUGACUCACUAUCGAAUUGGAAAGAUUGAAGGCUUGGAGGUGCUAAAGAAAGUGAAGGUGUGCUCAGCAUGGGGUCAGCCUGGCUUCCCUUUGGGCCUGUACCCGUCCUCAAGUAGAGGAGGGUAAUUCCAGCUUCCCACUCUCACUUACCUGCCUCCUGAAGGCCAGCUAAACCAGCCCCUGGAGGGUGGCCCUGUGUUCUCCUGAGCCAAUGCCAAUUCCCUUCCUACCCUCCAGUCACUCUGCCUUCGUCAAAACCUAAUUAAAUGCAUUGAAAACCUGGAAGAACUGCAGAGUCUUCGAGAACUGGAUCUCUAUGAUAAUCAGAUCAAGAAGAUUGAGAAUCUUGAGGCACUGACAGAAUUGGAGGUUCUAGAUAUUUCUUUUAAUAUGCUGAGGAACAUUGAAGGGAUUGACAAACUGACACAGCUGAAAAAACUCUUCUUGGUCAACAAUAAAAUCAAUAAAAUUGAGAACAUAAGCAAUUUACAUCAACUGCAAAUGUUGGAGCUGGGGUCUAACCGGAUUCGGGCAAUUGAAAAUAUCGACACAUUAACCAACCUGGAGAGUUUGUUUCUGGGGAAAAACAAAAUUACAAAACUUCAGAACCUGGAUGCACUUACCAACCUGACAGUCCUCAGUGUGCAGAGCAACCGGCUAGCAAAGAUCGAAGGUCUACAGAGCUUGGUGAACCUGCGGGAACUAUACCUCAGCAACAAUGGUAUCGAGGUUAUCGAGGGCCUGGAGAACAACAACAAACUCACCAUGUUGGAUAUUGCAUCAAAUAGAAUAAAAAAGAUUGAGAAUAUCAGCCAUCUGACAGAACUGCAAGAAUUCUGGAUGAAUGACAAUCUACUGGAGAGCUGGAGUGACCUUGAUGAGCUGAAGGGUGCCAGGAGUCUGGAGACCGUGUACCUGGAGCGCAACCCCCUGCAGAAGGAUCCACAAUACCGGCGGAAGGUCAUGCUGGCCUUACCCUCUGUGCGGCAGAUCGACGCCACAUACGUCAGGUUCUGAGCCCUCCUUGCUCCUCACCUGGUCCCUCUCCUCAAAAGAACUUCCCAGCCACGGUUUUUUAAUCUACCUAUUGCUCCUGAUGUCGUCACUAUACCAACAGUCACAACCCAAUGGCAAUAAUAAGGCACUGGUGGCACCUGGCCUGUGAUGCUACACACCAUUUGGAGAUGCCAACACUAUUAAAUCUUGCCACGCGGUCUUCCUGGUGAAUUGAUGAAAGUUAUUGUAGCCAUGGAGAGAAUGCAGGCCUUGUUGCAGUCAUUUGCUCUUCCAAUCCGUCUAUGUCCUUACCUUGGUGGGCAUUCUGGGCUGCCCCAGCAGACCUUCAAGUUGGUUUAAGUAGUCAUGACUCACAAGAGCACACUGGAUAGUCUUUCAGACCAAUUUUGGAAAGAAAAAAAUUUUCCUUGCAAAUUUUAAAAAAGAAAAGAUUAUAUUUAAUUUUUUUUUGAGUAAAAGAUGGCCCAAUGUCUGAAGCUGUAAUCCUCAGUGCCCUUCCAACAUGAGCGACGGCUGAGCACAGCACACUGGGCACUCUGUGCCCUUAUUCCCACUUGGUAAAAGCUGGAAUAUGGAGAGCUUCGCUCCCUAUCACCCAGCUAUGUUAAACCUAAGUGAUUAUCAGAAACGUCCACCCCUGAACUCUUGGCCACUGGGCACUGGUCAUGGCUCCUGUUCUCACCCACGUCCUCUGGCCUUAUUUAGAUGAAGUUUCUAUGAGCAAACUCCCAGGGUGUAAGUCUAAUGCUGCAAGAGCACUGUCCUCCCCACGCCUCCGACUUCCUCUUUCACACAGUGAGAACUAACUGUGGUCACCAAAGGCCCCUGAGCUUCCAGGGUUCUAGUUCUACGCUGUCCCAGAUGGGGCCACUAACUGCCACAUGUAGCAAUUGCUAUUCAUAUCUAAUCCAUUGGAUUUAUUCAUCUCUUCAUCUGUGCUCACACUUUAUCUGCUCAGAGGCCACAUAUCAUGGAAGGUAUCCAUUCCUAUCAUCCCAGAAGGUUCUGGAAAAUGCUGCUCUAGACUGUUUAGUAUUAGUGAAAUAGCUUGCUCUGAACUGAGAAGCAUGUGCCCAGGUGUCCAAGCUAACCAGUAGGCCAACUGCCCAGGAGUUCGCAAUGUCAGAAUGGCUACAUGAGGUUUAACAAGAAACUGUGUGAUCUCAAUCUGUGCACCAUCUCCCUGACAAGAAAUAAGCUCUUAGCAAGGAACACUGGGUGCAGCAAGGUGCAGCCCAGAGAACACUGUGCUGUAACCCUGGAAUCGUUCCAAGCACCAUUCACGUCAGAAUAAGAGAAAAACAUCUUAGACCCACAGGACUGAAAUGUAGGUGUGCCUGCUGCAGUCACUCACAGGAGCCCUACACACGUGCACGUGGCUUCUACAGAGUGUAGAGAGAGAAGUAAUGGAGUGGGAGAACAGGCAUCAAAACCCCAGUGCCAUCUCAAGGAGGUCCCUGCAGCAUUCAGUUGGGGGAAAUGUCUCCAAAUGAAUUGGAAUUCUGGAGUUAGGAAAAAAUGCCAAAAAAUUAUUCCUUAAAACAGGUCUAGGUCCCAGGAAGAAUUUCCAGAAUCUAGCACUGGCUGAGUCCCAGUUGUGAUAAUAGAAAAUGCCCCUAAAAGUCGUCUGCUUGGUUGGUUGGUUUGGUUUGGUUUUUUUCCAUACAGGGUUUCUCUGUGUAGCCCUGGCUGUCCUGGAACUCACUCUGUAGACCAGGCUGGCCUCGAACUCAGAAAUCCGCCUGCCUCUGCCUCCCAAGUGCUGGGAUUAAAGGCAUGCGCUACCACCACCUGGCACCCCUAAAAAUCUUAACAAAUACAGUACAGAAGUAAAAACACUGCUUUUACAUAAGAACAUAAAUGCAAAGGUCUGAAAUCAAAGAUCAGCAAAUCAAAGACUACUGAUUCUUCACCAAGAAGGUUUUAUCUCAGGAAUAAAUGCAGGGAUGGUUUAAGAGCAGACAGGACUGGCCGGGGUGCAGGCCUGUAAUACCAGCCACUCAGGAGGCUGAGGGAAGAGGAUGAAAAGUUAAAGCAUGCCUUAGCAACAGGGUGAAAUUGAGGCCAGCCUGGGCAACGUAAUGAAACCCUUUCAAAGAGUAACAAUGGGGCUGCGAGGAUAGCUGAAGAAUAGAAUACCUGCCUAGCUUGUAGAGGACCCUGGGUUCAAUUCCUAAUAAGGGGAAGAAAAGUAAGCAGAACCAGAAUUUACAUAAAUCACCACUUAGUGCAGUAAAAGAAAAAAAUACCAAUUAAUGUUAUAAAGAUUCAAUUGUAUAUAUUCCUGGAUUUCUUUUCAAGGAAAAAGCAUUAUUGUCAUUAGCACUAUGCAUGAUGUCUGAAUGUGGUUGUGGGCACACGUGUGCUGUGGCACAGCAUGUGAACCUCAAAGGGCAGAUUUGUAGAGUUGGUUCUCCUUCAUGUGAGUUCUGGGAAUUGAACUUAGGUUGUCAGGCUUAUGCAGCAAGCAAUUUCCCUGUUAAACCAUCCCAUCAGUUCUGUAUUCCUGGAUUUUUAUUUCUUUAUAAAUAAAAAGAUGUCUUAAAGGUUGUAGAA